AUGCCAUCCUGGUCUACUAGAGCCAAAGAUGAUGGUGGGAAGAAGAACGACCCAGUAAAGGAGAAAAUGAAACAUGUUGGAACAAGCACCAAGAGUACACCUCAACGUACAGAUGCAAGACCGUCUACCUCUCUCAAAGAGCUUGCCAAGACCCUGAGUGAAAGUGUAGCCGAGAGAAGGAAGAAAGAUGGUACAGGUGGGAUCAAGAAGGACGAUCGAAGACAUGGUCAUUAUGGCUUACUCGACGCCAUCACCCCCAAACCUCGCCCGCAGGUAGAAGCAUCUUCCUCGAAUUCACACAAGACACCUUCCUCCAAACCAGUCUCUUUGUCAUUCACCAAGUCCGCUCCAGACUCAGCAACGAGUAGAAAACGAGGUGCGAGAAGAGGGAAGUCUUCCACCAAGAACGACAAAGAGAAAGAGAAAGAGAAAGAACCAGAGGAAGAAGAUGGUGAAUGGGAUGAAUUUGGGUUUUGGAGAAGUAAUCCUAAACCUCAACCAGUCCCGGAAUCUCUUAUAGACGAUCCUACCGAGACCAUGAAACGGAAAGAAGAAGAAGAGGUUGAUGAAUUGGAAGAUACUCAAGUCACUCCUUCGAAUAAAGGGAAAGGUAAAGACUUACCAACCUCAUCUCCUUCACCACCACCUACCAAGCUUCGAACGCCUGCUCUACAACACACAGCGAUCAACCCUCGAAUCGUCGACGAUACUCCUCUGCCACUGCCUCCCCCUCAGACUAGAUUACAUCGCUUGAAGGAUCCUGACUUCCUAUUCAGCCAGAAUGUUAGGAAAGAUGUUUCUCACCAAGACAAGACUCAAACGAAGGAUACCAGAGAGAAAGCGAAAGAACCGCUUUUCUUGGCUGUUUCAAUUUCACCCGAUUCCGACCAAGAGCCUCACCAGAGAGAAGAAGAUGAUGAAACGGAAGAGGAAGUCGAGUUGAUCGAAUCACCGAUUCAGCGACCCUUCACUAGAAGAUCACUUGCUCGAUUGAGUAUCAGUGAUGAUGAAGAUUCAAAUCAGGGACAGGGGAUCCCACCUCCAUCUUUCCUAGCUGAACGGGAGAGGAAGAAGAGGGAAGAGGAGAAGCGAGCGCAAAAGGCUAGAGAGAAGAAGGGCAAAAUCAAUCUGGAAGCUACUGAUUCAGAUACAUCCGUCUCCCAGUCCGACGAUCGAGGUCUUGUGCUUGUUCCCGAUAGUAACCCCCAAGGAGCCACACCAGCCCGUCACUUUGGGAUCGAAAUCACUCCUUUUGUCAACAACUCCCCUUCUCAAAGCCGCAAGAACAACAGUAAAUCCUCUCGCAAAAGCAAGACUUACGGCAAAGGAAGAUCACAUGCAUACCAGCAUGGUAAUCCCCUCCCUCAUGCCACAUCCCAGAGACUUACCCUCACUCCCCCUCCUGCUCCUGUAGUAUCUUCCUACAGGGGUGCUAAGAGAAAGGGGUCUACAAGCAUCUGGCGCGAUUCGUCCUCUUCGACAUCACCGGAACCAGAUGCUGUAGUCGGCUUUGAUCAAGAUGAUGAUAUGGGGUAUGAAACUGAGCCGCCUCGACCUGGUAGGAAGCGAAAGAGAUGGACUAGAAAUGGACCACCUCCUGAUGAGCGGUUGCUUGGCCUGUUCGGGGAAGAUGAAGAUGAACCACAUCGAUGUCGACGUAAAAGAGGUAGAACGCCUAGAUAUCCCGUCACAACAGUUUUCAAGUGGCCUAACUCCGAUGAGGAUGUAAAAGUUGAAGAUCAGGCUGACUAUGAUCCCGAUACUGCUAGAAGAAGGAAGAAAAGAAGAAAAAGGGAGAUUGAGAGGAGGCAUAGGGUGAUGAUGAGACAUGAACCUAGGUUACAGUUGACAAGAAGUGGUUCUUGCCGGGCUAGGAUCAAAGACUAUGUUGGUAAAAUUGGUCAAACCUUGACAUUACCCAAGAAACCUCUUCACGCCUCCAAAGCUGUCCGUGUCAGGAGCUACAAACGAAUGCAAGGUGUACCAAAGCACGCCUGUAAAACUAUGCCGACUAUCUCCUACUCCGAAUACGUGGCGAGAUAUCGAAGAUCACCAAAUUCUGCUAGCUCGGCCAGUCGACCUUCGGGAGGUAGAGUGAAUGAAUUGAUCUCCGCAGGAAGGAGAGCAAGGUUCGAGAUGGGCUUUCGCAGACAACGGCCGAUCACUAGAGAUAUCACCCCUAAGCUUCCAUUGGUACCAUUGGUUCCGAGUCAAGAAGAUCCUCAAAUAGAGGAUGAGAUAGAAGUUGAACCGUCUCAAAGACCAUUCAGAAGAAGAGGAUCUUCUCUCGGUCAACCGCUCGUUCCUAAGAAUGUACCAAGGCUGAAAUUCACCAAGAACCAACCUCCCUCAGUGUCGAAUGGACCUCAGUCAAGUACAGAUCCCUCAGAACGUAUUGGAGUUGAUGUUACAUCGAUACUUGGCCAUCUCUUCACUAUGCCUCCAUCUAGGCAAAAUCCAAGAAGAGAAAUGCCACAAGCUUUCAGAAAAGCUUCUACUCCUUUGAUUCCUUUCGAGGAUAUCAUACUUAGCGAUGAUACUCCCGAAACUUCCAGGAGAAAUCCCCAGAAUUACUAUGAGGCAGAAGAUCCUAUCCAGCCCUGGCCAACUCAAGAUUCGCAAUUGGAAGUAAUCGGUUCCUAUUCUGGUCGAACCCAUGAAAUGUUUGGUGGUUCUCCCGUUCUUCCAUCACCACCUGAGAGAUUAUCGGAGACAUUCAGGAGGCUUGAUGGGAUAUACGAACAGGACAUGAGUCAACACGUCACUCGGCCAACGAUUCGAGAGGAUAUGGCUCAGCCUAAACAGGUUCGACUGGAAGCCACACCUCUGCAGGAGCGACCCGAAAUAACAGCGUCACCUAUUCACCAGGCUGCUCAGCUCGCAGGAGAGAAUGGUACCAAUAAGGGAGAUUUGCCUGAAGAUGAUAUGGAUUGGGCGGAGAUCGGAAAACAAAUCACACCGUCACAGUGGACAGGGCUUGACGUGCAUCUCGCUCAAGUAGAGGAAGAGAUAAAAGCCCGAAAAAGCAGUAAAUCUCGAGAGACAAGUGAAAAAGCGAAAUCUGCCAUUGUGUCUCGCCGAGCAUCUCAAACCUCAGUCAAUCCCCCGAAUACGAAAAGAGGUAUGGUCGGUACCUCAAACUCUCCGAAAACAGCUACAGAAAUUGCUCAACCCGCUGCCAGGGCACCUUCUACACCCGGUCGUUCGGACCCAGUUCGAAGGAUGACAGGUAUGGAGGUAACUCAACAUCUCCUUCAGCUUCCACUUGAUCCUUCCAUCGCUCAGACCAUGGAAAAGACUUUCGUCAACACCUCAAGUCGAGGUAAUUCGGCCGAACGACCUUCCACAUCAACCAGUCGAAAAGCAAAAAGAGAAGAACGAGCAAAGAGAGUUCAUGAUAAGAGAGUAAAAGACAAAAAAAAGGAAAAAGAAAAACAGACUUUACUCAACUUUGACAAACCCCGCUCAAGUACCUCUAGGAGCGUCUUAGCUGAAGUUCGUCCGCCUUCGGAUACCGAAGAAGAGGAAGAGAUCGAAAAAAUUGAAACACCUCGUCAGAACGCUAAACCGCAAAACAGCAGAAAGCAAACAUUGAGUGAGGCGUAUAGGAAUAUUCAUCCUCCUCCUUCACCUCCUCGACUAAAGUCUCGUGCGUCGGCGCCAUCAAGAUAUAGCCUGGGUGAUACACCUGUCGUGAAGAAUUUCAAAGAUGCUAAACAACCUAGUGCGAAAUCGUUGAGUGAAAGGAACAGGAAAUUAUCUCAAGAAGCUCUUGGGAGAGUUUUCAGACCACCAAUAAGAGGGACGAACUCUUUCGGUCCUGGUACCUCUAGCACUGAUAUUGCUGGAGGCGCUGGCGCAACGUAUGAACCCACCGAGGUGUCUCGUGAUAAUACUCAAGGUAAUAUCACUAGACAACCUUCAACGAACAGUAUACGAAGUAUCAAAAAUUCACAACCUUAUAUCAAUGCUUGGAGAACUGAAAUUGAAGGAACGGAGCAUCCCAAUGAGAGAGGUAGAAACCAAGGUGGCAAUCCUUUCGAAGAGGAUUUGAGAAUGUUCGAACAUUCUCCUACUGAACCUUCUGUGAUUGAUCAAGUUGAUCAGGUUGAGGCUGCUCGAAACAGGAGAAAAGAAGGGAAGAGGUAUUUGUCGGUCGAAGGUUGA